UGUAAACAAACCGUAGACUACUCACCGGCGUUGCGUGUUUAUGUUACGCAUAAAAGCAAAACUCUGACUCGUCACUUGUCGUUUUACGAUCGUUUCGUCGUGUUUUUUUAAUUUCGUGUAGAGUGUGCUUUAAUUUGUCACAGAUCUGUUGCCGAAGAGCGUUAACUGUGGGGGGGCGGUUUUACGCUCGUGACGUCACGCUGUCGGAGAAACGCAGAGGUGUUAACCCAGUGAAGAAGCCGCAGAACUAGGAAGCGCCACUAUUUCAACAUAACUAAAAACUCAUCCAAACUACUACCAACCUCGCCUAUAUAGUUAUUUUAUUUCUUUUUUGACCAAAGGGGAUGUUCGCUAUGAUAUUAGUUAAACUGCUCCUCACGUUUAGUUGCAUUCUCCAUAACACAGCCCUAUUGAAAAGACCCUUGAACAAAUACAUUGGCCAUUAUGAGGGUCUAUCCUACGACACCGAGGCCCUGCACAAGAAGCACCAGAGAGUCAAGAGGGCGCUCACACCUAAAGACGAAACCCUGCACCUGAACUUCCAUUCCCACGGCAGGCAUUUCAAUCUGCAGAUGAAGAAGGACACAUCAGUGUUUUCUCCAGAUUUCAGCAUGGAGGUGUCAGGGGAGGACGAACCAAUUGACACGUCACAUAUCUACAGUGGGGAACUUCUAGGUGAAGAAGGAACACUGAGCCAUGGUUCUGUGAUCAAGGGGCGAUUCGAGGGCUUCAUUAAAACACAUCAGGGAAUGUAUUACGUUGAACCUUCAGAAAGGUAUUUGAAGGAGAAGACUGGCCCCUUUCAUUCCAUCAUUUAUCAUGAGGAUGACAUCACUUACCCUCAUAAAUAUGGCUCUGAUGGAGGCUGUGCUGAUCACUCAGUGUUUGAAAGGAUGAGGAAGUAUCAGGCAUCUAUGAUUGACCCGCCUGUCAAAAGUGUGACUGGUCACCAUGUGGAUGAGAGCGUCUACGGUCCUGUCAUUUUACGAAAGAAGAGAGCAACGGCAGCAGAUAAGAAUAUCUGCCAGCUUUAUAUUCAGGCCGACCACUUUUUCUACAACUACUAUGGCAGCCAUGAAGCUGUCACUGCACAGAUCGCCAGCCAUGUUCAAGCAUUAAACUCCAUUUACCAGAUCACAAACUUCAAUGGCAUUCGAGAUAUCGGCUUCAUGGUUAAAAGGAUCAGGAUCAACACCACAAAUGACCAGAUUGACAACCCUUUUCGUUUCGCCAACAUCGGCGUGGAGAAGUUUUUGGACCUCAACUCUGAACAGAACCACGAUGACUACUGCCUCGCCUACGUUUUCACCAACAGAGACUUUGACAAAGGCGUCCUAGGGCUGGCUUGGGUUGCCUCUCCCUCAGGAAUCUCAGGUGGCAUCUGCGAGAAAAACAGAUUGUUUGCGGACGGGAGGAGGAAGUCCCUGAACACUGGCAUUAUCACCGUGCAGAACUACGCCACUCAUGUGCCUCCAAAGGUGUCGCACAUCACCCUCGUCCACGAGAUCGGACACAACUUGGGCUCGCCUCAUGACUCUGGGAUCCAGUGCACCCCCGGAGAGUCGAGCGAUCCGGUCCAAAAGGAGAUGGGCAAUUACAUUAUGUAUGCACGAGCCACCUCAGGAGACAAGAUCAACAAUAACAAGUUUUCAACUUGCAGCAUUGGCAAUAUAAGCGCCGUUCUGGCAGUGAAAAAGGAUGACUGUUUUGUUGUCUCUGGAAUGCCCAUCUGUGGCAAUGGACUUGUGGAGGAUGGAGAAGAGUGUGACUGCGGCUACAGGGAUCAGUGUAAGGACCCAUGCUGCUAUGAUGCCCAAGAAGACAAGGAAAAGAGCUGUAAACUCCAACCUGGAAAGCUCUGCAGUCCAAGCCAAGGCCCGUGCUGCACUGAUGAAUGCGCUUUCAAGAGCACACCUGACAUGUGCAAGAAGGCGUCUGAGUGUGCUCUUCAGAGCAAUUGCAAUGGAAACUCUGCUCUGUGUCCUGCUCCCCAAGCCAAAGAAAACCUCACCUCUUGCAAUGAGGACUCACAAGUCUGUAUCAACGGGGUCUGUUCCGGUUCCAUUUGUGAGAAGUACAAUCUAGAAGAAUGCACAUGUGCUAUAGAGAACGACAAGGAUGAGGCGGCUGAACUCUGUCAUGUGUGCUGCAUGGAAAAAAUGAACCCCAGCACCUGUCGAAGUUCUGGCUCUGAGGAAUGGGCCAAGUUCUUCAACAGAAAGAUCACCAGUCUGCAGCCCGGCUCACCGUGCAACAAUUUCAAGGGCUACUGCGACGUGUUCAUGAGGUGUCGUCUUGUGGAUGCUGACGGGCCUCUGUCAAGGCUAAAGAAAACGAUUUUCAAUGCGGAAAUCUACGAGACCAUUGCAGAGUGGAUCGAGGAUCACUGGUGGGCAGUGGUUUUGAUGGGCAUCGCUCUUAUUUUGUUAAUGGCUGGUUUCAUCAAGGUCUGCAGCGUCCACACCCCCAGCAGCAACCCCAAACUGCCUCCUCCAAGGCCGCUGCCAGGUACCGGGAGAUUCCAGCAACACGCCAAUGCUCCGCGGCGUCAUCGUCAAAACAGAUCCCAGGAAUACCAGAUGGCUGAGCUAAGGCAUUAACAUCUUUGGCCUUUCGUUUCUUUUUCGUGCCUACACUGGAAGCACUUGAGUUUCUGUACCUUGACUUCUUAGCAACAGCCUCAAAAUGAAUCCAUCUCUCCGGAGCGAGUCCUCUGUGCUGUGAUAGCCAGCAUAUCAUAGCUUUUUGAUCGAAGAGAGAUAUUUUUUUGUUCAAUGCUGUGACUGCUGCAGGAGUCCAAUGGAUACGCAAAAUUUUACUGUCAGCCAACUCUGAGAUGUCUUGUUGCUGUAAUAUAUCACCUUUAUAUUCUUGACAUGUGCUAGUACAAAUGUUUCUACAUGCCUCUUCAGAAGUAUUGGAACAGUGAGGCCACAAUUUUGGUAUAGGCUGAAAUAGAGUUUGCUUUAAUUUAUCGAUCCAUUUAUCCAUCCUUGUUUCUAUCUACGCAUGAUGCACAAAAAUGUGCCUAUGACCAAACAGUUUGUUAAAUGUAUGGUGUUGGAGGAAUUGAGUGAUUGUUACUGAGCAGUUAGACUAUGUGAAACCUUCACUGAAAAGUGCCUUUUUAUGUUUUCCAUCAAAUGGAUACGGACUCAAUACGUGUGGGGGUAAUUGCAGUUUUAUGUUGCUGGGUUUUUAGCGGUACUUGUUUUGUAUGUCGAAGCCAAUUGGAUGUGAAAAUGUUUAAAGGUUUUUGUGAGCGUGUGUUUCUACACUGGAGUUUGUCAGAUCUUAACAAACCAAAAAAAAAAAACAGUUAUGGAAAUUGCAGCUCUACUUGGCUUAUGUUUUUGUACCUCAUUUUUUUGUCAUGUAAAUAGUUGUUUUAAAUGUUUUUGCUCUUCUUUGUAUCCUUA